AGCAGAUCCCCGCCUCAUUGACAGUUUGCCUGCAGCACUGUGACAGAAGCCAGAGACCAUCGGUACAAACUGAACUCUUCCCUGGGGAACUUGUCUCGUCACGUGGGGUCGGGAAGGAAGUGAAAUGUCACGAGCAGCACCCAGUCGUCGUCUGGCCCUCAUCAUGCAGCUUGCUCUCCUACAGGGCUGCUUUCUUGCAGUCAUCAUUACGGGAUUAGCAGAUGCUGCCAACAACUGUACAGAUCACGUGGUGUGGCCCAGCUGCCCGGAAAUACCCGGAGUAUGCGAGGAUCCGUUAGCUUCUGUUUUUGUCUGCCCCAGAACGUGCAGGAAGUGUGGGUUAGCAGGUGACCUACCGGAUGCUACCAACAACUGUACAGAUCACGUGGUGUGGCCCAGCUGCCCGGAAAUACCCGGAGUAUGCGAGGAUCCGUUAGCUUCUGUUUUUGUCUGCCCCAGAACGUGCAGGAAGUGUGAAGAAGCCAGGGUGCAGACCCAGCACCAAGGAAUGUCAGCAUGCACUGACCGAGGACGUGACUGCAACCUCACAAUGUGUAAUGAUAUUCUGGCCAAACAACUGUGUGCUCUCACUUGUGGUAUUUGUGAGAGCCAACAGCAGCAGGCCUGUUAUGACAGAAUUGAUAAAAAUCUUUGUGAACUAACACUGGCAUGUGCCAGCCCUGAUGCUUCUGUCUACUGCCCAGCUACUUGUAAGCUCUGUGAUGAAAAACCUCCUGCCACUGGUUGUCACGAUCACGCGACCUGGAUAAACUGCAGGGAAAUACCGGAGAUUUGCAAUGACAACCUCGCUGCACACUAUGCAUGCCCCAGGACCUGCAACAAAUGUCAGAGCACAGAAGCAGUAACCAUUCCACCCCAAGAUACAACUUGUCGUGACAUAGCUGGAGGUGAUGCCUGUAUUUCAACUGUGUGUGAGGACCAUCUGGCACGCUUCCUCUGUGCUAAAACCUGCAAAUUGUGCGACACUAAUUUUCCUGUAAGUACACCGGAAUCUACAAGUCAUGAAAUCAGCAUCUCACUGACAGCCGAAGUGACAGGCAGAGAAACUGUAAAAGCGUCAACAAUAGCCAGUAGUUCUACUGCAGUAUCUGCCCACACCACCCAAAGUACAGGCGAUAUAAUAACAAACAUCACUACUCCUUUGGUAGUUACUCAGAGUACUAGCAAUGUGGCGACAGACCUCACCAGUCAAAGUACAGACAACAUAGUGACAGACAUCACCACUCAGAGAACAGACAAUGUAACAACAGACUUCACCACUCAGAGUACAGGCAAUGUAGUGACAGACCUUAUCUCUCCUUCAGUAGCAACUCAGAUUACAGGCAGCAUAGUGACAGACCUCACCACUCAGAGUACAAACAACAUAGUGACAGACCUCACCACUCAGAGAAUAGACAAUGCAACAACAGACUUCACCACUCAGAGUACAGGCAACAUAGUGACAGACCUUGUCUCUCCUUCAGUACUUACUCAGAGUAUAGGCAAUGUAACAACAGACCUCACCACUCAGAGUACAGGCACCAUAGUGACAGACCUUGUCUCUCCUUCAGUACUUACUCAGAGUAUAGGCAAUGUAACAACAGACCUCACCACUCAGAGUACAGGCACCAUAGUGACAGACCUCACCACUCAAACUACAGGCAGUGUGGCAACAGACCUUAUCUCUCCUUCAGUAGUUACUCAGAGUAUAGGCAAUGUAACGACAGACAUAACCAGUCAAAGUACAGGCAGUGUAGUAACAGACCUUAUCUCUCCUUCAGUACUUACUCAGACUAUAGGCAAUGUAACAACAGACCUCACCACUCAGAGUACAGGCACCAUAGUGACAGACCUCACCACUCAAACUACAGGCAGUGUGGUAACAGACCUUAUCUCUCCUUCAGUAGUUACUCACAGUACAGUCAAUGUAACAAAAGACAUCACAGUCAAUGUAGUGACAGACCUCACCACUCAGAAUACAAGCAAUAUAGCAACAGACAUCGCCAUUUUUUCAGUAGCUAUUCAGAAUACAGGUUAUGUAACUACAGACCUCACCUCUACCUCAAAUGUAAGUUGGACUGGAGAAGAAGCUACCCUGUCCUCAAAUACAAUGGAAAGUAGGUCAUCAGUGACUAAUUUUGCUACUUCUGGCCUCACAAAUCCUCCAACAACCAUCACCGUACAGACACCAGCAACAGCAAACCCCAGACACCUGAAACCCUCGGUCUGCAAUCAAUGUGGUAACCUGGAUGGUGACCUGCCCUGCACUGAUGAAGAGAUCUUUAUGGCAGACAGCUCUCAGUGUCACGAUAACACUCCUUACUGCAUGAACGACAUCAUCCAGACAAACGGCCAGAUGAGCAUGUACAAACGAUGUGUCAACGAAACAAUCUGUAAUUCAGAGUGGUACAUGGAGUCUUCAGACAAACAGCAGUGUACUCAAUUUGAUCCUACAAUCUAUACUGACGACGUGGUAUGCCAUCUGUGCUGCUAUGGAGAUGAUUGCAAUGCUAAUAACGUACCACCAGCAGAGACAUUGUACAAGCCCUGAAAAUAUGAAGACAAAAUUGUGUGCUCACUUAGACCAUGUUGAAGUUUCUGCCUUCCCAAACACUCGGAAAGUACAGGCUGUGAAAUAAAAAAAAAUAUUAGCUUAAA